ACAUCAUGCGAAAGCCAAGAGUUUGGGAGACCCCAACUUUCAAGUGUUAUAUGAGACAUUGAACACAGAGGAAUUAACAAACUAAAAUAUCCUUUAUUUCGGUCUGUCAGAUGUAAUAUAUAGAUCGUUCGAUUGUUAUACUUCACCAUGCUUCAGCGACACUUUGUUCUGGCGCCGCGUCUGAGAAAUGUUCCAGCAUAUCUGACAAGUCGUCCAUUUGCGCCUCGGUUCAAGAGAUACCAGGCUUUCGACACCGGGCUCGACCAAGAGGCUCUUUCUGAAGCUCGCUCGUGGUUUCAAUCUUUCAGCCCAGCACAACUACCGAAAGGAAAUACUACAUACGCCCGCUCGAGUGGACCAGGAGGUCAACACGUCAAUAAGACCGAAACAAAAGCAAUCACAGCAUAUCCAUUGGGACAAUUGCUGCCAGUACUCCCCAAGUCAUUACAUCCUGGCAUUCGCAAGUCCAGGUACUACACAGCAACCAAUGACUCUUUGACGUUCCAAGCGCAAGAUUCACGAUCACGGGAUGCGAAUGCGGAAGACAACAGAAGAAAGCUUAUUGAGGAGGUAACAAGCAUCUACAAAGAUGUGAUACCUGCUGAAACAAGCGCAGAAAAGAAAAAGAAACAUGAGGAGAUUGGCAGAAGAUUCCACGAAACAAGGAUAAAACACAAGAAGUUUACCAGCGCAAAGAAACAAUCACGGAGAGGGCCUUCUGAUUGAGCAAACGCUAGUCAAACAAAGCGAGACAAAACCAGCAGUAUUAACUUGAUGGCGAUAUAGAGAUAUCUUUAGCUUGCGAAAAGGUAUGUACAUUGAAUUGAGUACGAACCUCGAUAUAAUUCUGAAUACUUAUUCAAAAGAAACCUACUGUUCUUUCUCGAUGUUACAGAGCAGGACUAAAGUUUAGAUGGUGAAAGCCGAAAUUGUACGCACAAAUUAAAAGAAAGGAAGCUGCCACUAUUUGAUUUAGUUAGAAAGCAAACAUUUGCGGUAGAUGGUCCAAGGUCUCGCAGCAGGUGACUACUGUGUCUCGGUAUCAGUAGAGUCGCUAAAAUGAGACCCGACAAGAACAGAGCAUGGGUUACAGCAUGAUUUCUCUCAGGGAAUAGAAACCCCAGUUAUGAUG